AUGGCGAUCACGAAACUUUCCGACGCGCCUUCUAUACUCCCUCUGCACAAGAUCCGUCGGCCCCGCUCCGCCACGGGCAUCCGGCAAUUUCCAUAUCCGCUCUUUCUCCGCGCGGCUGAAGGAGGAAUGGUGGAAGGAGAAAAUGCCAAGAGACCGGCCAUUACAGGGCUGCUCGAUGCCUCCCUCGCCGCUAGAUUUCUUUCGCGACAGACUGGACUGGACUUCCAUUUAUACCCGACAGACUGCUCUGGUUAUGAGAAUAUGGAGAAAUGUGCAUUUCAAUUCCCGGAUGAAAGGAGUGCUUACAAACUUUCGAAUGAAGUGGAAAAUGAACAAAUUGGAGAACGUAUGUGCCGUAUCAAGGAAGAUCACAACUUGAGUGAGAAUUUCCAUAUACCACUUAAGGUUUAUUUUCUCAAAAUGGAAACCUCCACGCUCUCUGUGAAACUAUGGCCUCCAUCCCAAGGAACGAGGCUAAAGCUAAUCGAGCGAAUGACCAAGAAUCUCACGACACCCUCCAUAUGGUCCAGAAAAUAUGGUCUAUUGAGCCCAAAAGAAGCCGAGGAAGAUGCCAAACAAAUUGAGUCGUCUGCUUUUGCCGAGGCUAACCAACAUUUCACAAAGGAACCAGAAGGGGACGGAAGCUCGGCCGUGCAGUUGUACGCCAAGGAAUCCAGCUGGCUCAUGAUUGAGGUCAUCAAACGAGGCCCCACCUCAAAAGCAAAUGAAGAACUCGACAGCAUAUCCGCUAAAAUCAAAGAAUACGGAGGGACCACCUUUGAUAUAUCCAGGGACCCACGGAAAGUUAUCGAUGCUGCCGAUGCCGAGAAGCUGCUGAGACACUUGAAAGAGCCCGGGAAUAAAUAUAAAAGGAUUUGUUUUAGCAACACAAGUUUUGGCAAGGAGGCUGCUCUUGUUGCGGGGCCCAUUUUAUCGAUCAUCAAGGAUCAGUUGACUGAAGUUGAUCUAUCGGAUUUUGUGGCGGGAAGGAAUGAGGAGGAGGCUCUUGAGGUCAUGGGUAUAUUCUCUUUGGCACUCGAGGGUUCGAACUUGCGCUAUCUUGACCUUUCGAAUAAUGCGCUAGGCGAGAAGGGUGUCAGGGCAUUUGGGGCGCUUUUGAAGUCCCAAUAUAAUUUGGAGGAACUGUAUUUGAUCAACGAUGGAAUUUCAGAGGAGGCUGCUGCCGCUCUUUAUGAUCUGAUUCCCUCUACUGAUAAAUUGCGAGUCCUUCAUUUUCAUAACAACAUGACUGGAGAUGAGGGGGCCAUAGCCAUAUCCAAAAUUGUGAACAAUUCUCCCCUGCUAGAAGAUUUUAGGUGUUCGUCCACAAGGGUGGAAUCCGAGGGAGGUGUUGCCCUAGCUAAAGCUCUUGAAAAAUGUAAGCAUUUAAAGAAACUGGAUUUGCGGGACAAUUUGUUUGGUGUUGAUGCCGGGAUGGCCCUGAGCGAGGCACUUUCCGCGUUUUCCGAUUUAUCCGAGAUUUAUCUCAGCUAUUUGAAUCUGGAGGACGAGGGUUCUAUUGCACUUGCGGAUGCUCUAAAGAAAUCUGCUCCAUCUCUUGAAGUUCUGGACAUGGCUGGAAAUGAAAUCACUGCUAAAGCUGCACCUGCUCUGGCUUCGUGCAUUGCUUCCAAGCAAUUUCUUGCAAAAUUGAACCUGUCUGAGAAUGAAUUGAAGGAUGAGGGUGCUAUUUUGAUUGCCAAGGCACUUGAAGAGGGUCACGGCCAGUUAUGUGAAGUGGACAUGAAUACCAAUUUGAUGAGAAGGGCUGGUGCCAGGCGAUUGGCCCAGGCCGUCGUGGGUAAACCAGGAUUCACUUUGCUGAAUAUUGAUGGGAAUUAUAUAUCAGAUGAGGGCAUUGAUGAGGUGAGGGAUCUGUUCAAGAAUUGCCCGAAUGUUCUUGGUCCUCUGGACGAUAAUGACCCAGAAGGAGAAGACUAUGAUGAAGAGGAGGAAGAAGGAAAUAGCGAUGUUGGGCACGAAUUAGAGUCUAAACUCAAGGGCCUCGAUAUCAAACAGGAAGAAUGAGGAUUGGGAAUUGCUUUUAGCUUAGCGCUUUUGCCGACUUGAGUUGGUUGUAUCAGUAUGCAUUGUCUGAUUAUUAUUGUCUUAGCAAGAAAUGUGCUUAGUUCUGUUUGGCUUAUGUACUCUCUUGUGGUUUGUUCUUGGGAUUUUGAUAAAAACCUUCUUUACUCUAUUAGUUCAGACUUCAGACUGGAACCGUGUUUAUUUCAGCGAAAAUACUUUAGUAUCUGCAUUGCCGCGUUUUGGCAUGAAUUGGUAAUUAGAUUAACAGACAAGUUGGGG